AUGCAAAGAACAACAAUUUUUUUAAAAUGUGGUGUACUUGCUGUUCCAGGAUCUCGUUGUUGUAGAGAUCACUUGUGUAACGAUGGAGUUACUUUUAAAUCACUUAGCAGUAUUCGUAUAUCGAAGGCUGAUCAAUGGAAGAUUGAUUCGAAUGAAUUUCAAAUGUUCGUGGAAGAUGUUCGUGCCAUUUUAUUUAAACAAAAAACUUUUGAUUUUGAUGAUGAAACAUGUUUCAACGAUGAAGGUUUUCAGAGUAUUGUUGGAUUAACGAAAGAACAAUUUAAUCAGUUGGCUGCAACAUUGCCAUCAAUGCGAAACUCGAGUACAAGAUCAGUCCGCGUUGCUGUUGCCGUAUUUUUAGCAAAGUUACGUUUGGGUUUAAGUAAUCGCGUUUUAGCCAUUUUAUUUCAUCUUGACAAUAAAAGAGUUGUUUCUCAUAUUAUCAGUCAAGUUCGCAAAGCUUUAAUUAAUGAUUUUGUACCUUAUCAUUUGGGCCUACAACAUAUUAGUCGUGAAAUUGCCAUUGAAGAGCAUCAAACAAACAUUGCUAGUAUUCUUCAUAGUAAUAAACCUGACCAAUUAAUCGUGAUAGCUGAUACAACUUACAUUUUCGUGCAAAAAUCAAGUAACAAUCAAGUACAAAGAAAAUCUUAUUCUAUGCAUAAACAUCGAAAUUUAGUUAAACCUAUGAUUUUAACAACUACAAUUAUUUGUGCGCUUAUAAAUGCUUUUCGGCCACGGCCUGUUUCUGAUAUUCAAGCAGGCUCCGAAGUGGCUUAUUAUAUGCUUGAAAAAUUUAAUCAGCAAAAUAAUAUUCAACUUCGCCUUUCUGAAAUCGCUAAAGAACGAUCCGGUUGGAAAACUUAUGAUGCAAGCAUGUGCCUCUUUCCAGAGUUAUCUCAAGAUGAUGUUCGCACUUUAUGUUGCGGUAUGAAAAUGAUACAACUUUUCAUAUUAUGAUCGAUUUCGUUGUAGGAAGUUAUCAAGUAAAACAGGCCAUUGCAUAUAUCGAAGAACACUUAACACCAUCUCCCCUUUACGACGAUGAAGUCGAAUUUCUCGUUGAGCUUUGUUCACAAAAUGAUGAUAUUGUUCGAGCUCGCUUCUCUUCUCGUCACAAGAACAACAAGAACCACAUGGCUCUCAUACAAUAUAAGACCAAUUAUACAGAACAGCCCAUCAAUGGUUGGUACUGUACCUGCAUGUCAGGAGCACGGGAUGUCGGCUGCUGCGUCCACGUAGCGGCCCUAUUGUGGCAUCUCGGUGUACGUCGUGCGGAAAUAGAAUCAAACACUCAUCCUCUUUCAGCUAGUGAGAUCUAUUCUGAAAUCGUCGACAGUUUACAAUUUUCAGAUGUCGAAGCUUCAGAUGAUGAGCAAAACAGUACCGGUGAUGAAUCAUAGAAAACAAUAAUGCGAAUUAAAACAGAGAUGGCUUAUCGUUUUUUUUUCAAUCAUUUCAUCUCAACACAAGAACAAUUAACAAGAUAUAUCCAU